AUGGAAGGGAAGAUCGAUGGAAUGCGCUACCACUCCUUGGAGAAGAACGGCAGAGGCAGAGCGGCCACCGGUGGACUACUAAGACCCGCCACCGGCGCCUCUGCUCGGCUUCCACGAGCUUCGCCGUUGGUCCUUCUACCGGGCCCCGCCUGGGACUUCGGCGGCGCCAUCCUCGCCUACUGCACCGUGAGCAUUAUCAAUCCUGCGGUCUCGUUCGGGCUUCUGCUGGGCCGGAAGAUCUCGCUCCUGCGCGCGGUGCUUGACAUGGUGUUGCAGUGCAUGGGAGCUAUCUGCGGCGUCGGAAUCAUCAAGGGGAUCAUGAAUCACCCCUACAACUCCCUCGGCGGCAGAGCCAACCAAGUGGCCGCAGGUUGCUCCCAGGGCACCGCUCUCGGUGCCGAGAUCAUCGGCACCUUCGUGCUCGUUUACACUGUCUUCUCGGCCACCGACCCCAAGCGCAGGUCAUGGUUGCUCCCACGUCCCGGUCUGCACCAAUCGCCACACUGCAUCUCCUCCACGAGUGUGUUCCCACAAACGCUUCGGAGCUGCAUGCGGUGCAGGUCAUGGCGCCACUGCCGAUCGGGUUCGCGGUGUUCACCGUCCACCUGGGGACGAUUCCGAUCACGGGGAUCAACCCGGCGAGGAGUCUCGGAGCGGCGGUACUGUACGACCAGCGCAAGGCAUGGCGUGAUCACUGGAUCUUCUGGGUGGGCCCGUUCGCCGGAGCGCUGGCCGCGGCAGUGAAGGCUUUGAGCUCCUUCAGGAGCAGCAAUGGCAAGUGAGUUCAGCUUCUGUCAGUUCAGUAGCCAUGGCCAAUGUGACGGCGUUUCCCACGCAGUCCCAAACCAGUGAGCAAAAGAAGGAUAAAUGUAAUCGAGUUCUUUUGGGAUGCACGGCAAAAUAAUAUAAUAUAAUAUAUAAAAUAUAUAUGAUGAGAAUUUUCUGAGUAGAAAAUCUUGCCAUUAUCAUUCUAAAAAGAGUAAUAUUAGUUCCUUCUCUAAUCACUACUGGUUAUUCACACUUCAAUAGCAGUGCAAUUGACCUUAGAAGGUCUCCAAGGCCACAUGGAAUCAAGUGUUUUCUACUUCUCUAUAACUACUGGGGAAAGAAGUCUAAGUCUAAUUCAGAGGC